AUGGGAUCGCAACUCGCCAAACCCGUGGUCAAGGCAGACCAGCUCGUUGCCGAAACCCUAAGCCCGAGAAGGCCGCGAAGGAGCUUUAUGGACACCCCUGGCCAGCGACGUGACCUUUCCCCGCUAGGCUCGGUAGCACGGGCUCGCCUCUUUCAUUUUUCAGAGCCUUUCGAUGGUCUUAAUGAAGAUCGGUUCGAUCCCCAUGAUCCGUUGCAAGGGUCAGAAGCUGAAACCUUCCGAGACUAUUGGGCCCAGCGCAGCAAAGACGAUACUGCUCGGGCCGACGCUCAAACGGCUCGGGCAGUUCUGAAGAGCAAGGCUCGCCUGGAUAAGUUUACGAAGCAGCUCGUCGAUGUAGAGGAAAAGGAAGAGGAAGAGGAAGAGGAAGAGGAAGAAGAAGAGGAAGAAGAGGAAGAUGUUUGUGGUGACAAUACGGACAUUGACGAGAGAACCCGGAGCCGCCUUAAAGAGGCUCGACUGAAUGCCCUGAAGAACAACCAGAGGGCCAAGGAACAGAAACGGCAUUAG